CAUUAUUUAGUCAUAGCGACCCAAGAAGAGGGCCAUCCAUUCGGGUAUUCAAAGUCCUCCAUGCCAACUCCCUUCUCUCUCUUCCAUGGCCGAACCUCAAAUGAAAACCCAUCAAACCAACCGCAGAAGCAGUUGUUUUAUAGGCUGUUUUGGGUUUUCCGGGAAGAAAAAACCCCUGAAGAAAACCAUCCAUGCCAGGAGCAAAAAAGAGACCCGUUUGCUCUCUUGGCCAAUGUUUCGUUCAAGCGUGAGAAAGUCCCGUACCAAAACGGUGCCUGUUGAUAACACCGAGAAAGCAGAGGGCGCAGAUGGCAAUAAAAGCCAUACAUCAAAGCUGAUCAAGAGGAAAUCUGAUACCAAACUCUCCUCUAAACCUCAGAACCCGGUUACCAAUCAUACACCUUCACCUCAAAAUUCCGAAGCUGAGCAAGUGGCGUCCUGCAAUCAAGCUGCAAGAGAGAAACCUAAAGAGACAAGGCAGGGACCUGAACCGAAUAUCAUCCUCGGGAAUAGGAAACUUUCGGAGCCGACGAGAACAGAGUCGAGCCCACCUGGUUCGCCGAACGUGAAGCCCAAAUCCAAAACGCAGACCAAGUUGUCCCACACGGUUUCGUUACCGGUCCUAGAAGAGAACAAACGGGUGGGGAAUCCCCGGAUGCACUUGAGGGAGGUCCAACGGAAAAAUAAUGAGGUGGUUGAAAAAAUCGACCCCGUACUGGGCAUGUCUAUUAUUAUGGUGACCCUGAUAAUAAUGUUACUUUGGGGUCGAUUGUGCGCCAUUCUUUGUACGUCGGCAUGGUUCUAUUUUUGCCCUCGUUUCCGAUCCACAAUUAACAAUAAUGACACUGCUGUUAGAGGUACCGCCAAUUCCAGUGAUUUAGAUUUGGAUUCGGAGGAGUACAAGAAGAAGGUGGUGUUGGAGGGGUUCCUCCAGAGGAACCACCGGCUCACGUAAUUGUGAAACUUUUUGUACAAAAUAAGUUUUGUUUGAUGUUCAAUGCGCACGUUAGAUGCAACUAUACAUGUUUUGCUAAAGUGAGCCCAAUGGGCAUUUUGUGUAAAUUACCAGAACUUUUUGUGAAAAUUUGCCGUGGGUCAGUGUCUUCUAGAAUCAAAGUUGAGCUUUUUUCUUGUUUU